AUGAUAAGACAGCAUAGAAAAGUUAUUCUCUUCAUAGACAAUUGCCCUACUCAUCCUCAUCCUCAUCACGUGAAACUAACAAAUGUUAAGCUUGAAUUUUUUCCGCCCAAUACGACAUCAAAAUUACAACCGAUGGAUCAAGGUGUAAUUACAAACCUUAAGGCAAAUUAUCGGAAAAAAAUUCUGAGAAGAAUGAUUAACGCAUUAGAAAAUAAACAAUCCCUUGAUAAGGUUAUUGACCCGCGUGUUUGCAUAAGAGAUUUAACCAAGGUUUGGCAAAAUGAUGUUACGGAAAUUACAAUAAAAAAUUGUUUUAUCAAAGCUGGAUUUGCCGAAAACACGACAGAGAAACCAGUAGAUGAUUUACGAUACAUCAAUGUCCGCUGGAACGAGCUUCAAUCAACUGGUGCAAUAAAUGACAACAUUAGCUUGACGGAUUAUUUAGCCGUAGACAAGGAUUUGAUGGUGACUGAUUAUUCUACUGAUGAUGCUAUAAUAAACUAUAUUAGAUCUAUAGAACUAUAA